AUAAUUUAUUUUGUUGAUAGCACUCGACUGGCUUCCAUGGUAAUUAUAGAAACCCAAAAUGGCCGACACAAAAAAACUUGCGGAUUACCGAUCAAGUCCGCUAAACCUGCUACAAUGAACGCAUAAUAUAUAUGCCAGAAAUAUUCACAGUCCAUUAGAAAAUAUUUAUAACAAAUUAUUAUCAAGAAAGAGAAGUAAUGGCAGAUCAAAGUCAAAAUAUGGAAAGUUCCCAUAGCCAGUCACAGGGGGUUCGAUCGAGCGUUCGACACCACAGAACUAGAAAACAACAGAAACCUUCCACUGCAGAAAGAGAACAGAAAAAAGCCUCCAGAUUACAGACCUUAGGCCCUGGCGAAAGCAUCAAGGAAAAGCAACAAAAAGCAAGAGAAGAACGAGAGGCAAAGAAAGCGAUGAUAGACUUUCGUCAUGACCAUCUUAUAAGCACUGUGGCUUCAGCUCUUGGUUUGGCUCAAGAUGACUUAACAGAAGCCAUGCUUGAUGGAAAUCAGAUUGAGACCAUGGAGAAUUUUUUUAAGCCUGAUGGUCUUCAAAAGAUCAUGUUUUAUUAUCAAGAGACAGACAACAUACCAGAAGCAGUUGAACAUGUUCGACUGGGUCCGGGUGGAGCACAAAGAACUACCAUAAAAACAAAGCCAAAAGUAUUUGUCACUGAUGGCAAAGAUAACCAGCUUUCUGGUGCAUGCGUGUUCUUUAUUCGUAUCAACCCAUCAAAACAGAUCAAUACUGCCAACAUAUACCAGGAGACAUCUUUUGGAGUGCUGGACACUAGAGGUGAUGGUAUGCUCAAUGCCGUUGAGAGGGUGCUAGGUGAUGUGUUCAUCCCUGCUCUUGGAAAGAAUUCCAGUUGGGGAGAGUUGUCAGAUAAACAGGGUUCCUCUGUGCGACAUGAGUUUAUGAAUCAGCUUGAGUCAUUUGUGGCUAUUCUUGCCAGUGCACAAGCCAGUCUCGAAGAUGCUGUGACGCUAAAGGAGUGCGAUACUGUUGAUUUGUCAAACAUUAAUACUCCAACUGACUUUAUCGCCGCUGCGAGCUCCAGCGAAACCCUUGAACAGAUUGAGGCUGUUGUAUCAGCAUGGAUUAAACAGAUCGAGCAGGUGCUGGCUGAAAGUGAGCAAAUGCGUAAAGAAGCUGAUGAUGUUGGACCAAAGGCUGAGCUAGAUCACUGGAAAAAGCGCAUGGCGAAAUUUAACUCACUGCUGGACCAGAUCAAGGGCUCCGACUGCAAGGCUGUUGUUGGGGUGCUUCACGCUGCUAAAUCAAAACUACUAAAGACCUGGCGAGAGUUGGACAUACGAAUAACUGAUUAUGCCAACGAAGCUAAAGACAAUGUGAAAUUCCUGUACACGCUGGAGAAGUUCUGCGACCCGCUUUACAACAGCGACCCGGUUGGUAUGAUGGACGGUAUUCCAGGCCUCAUCAACGCGAUACGGAUGAUAAAUAGUUAUUCCAGAUACUACAACACAUCCGAGCGGAUGACGGCGCUCUUUGUUAAGGUGACGAACCAAAUGAUCACCGCCUGUAAAAACUACAUCACCGAGCACGGGUACAAGAACGUGUGGGAGUAUACUCACUCUGAAUUAAUCGAGAAACUCGGCAAUUGCAUCAGGCUUAACGAGGAAUACCAACGAUGCUUCCAGAAAACUAAACAGAGACUGGAACAGAAUCCAGACGAGCGCCAGUUUGAGUUCAGUGAGAUGUACAUAUUUGGCAAGAUCAACACUUUCUCCCGGCGCCUCAACAAGAUCAUCGAAAUGAUGAACACCAUGCAGAAGUUCAUGACUCUGGGCGAGUCCCGUAUUGAGGGCCUUGAGCAGAUGUGGAACAAGGUGCAACUCAUAAUGACGACUAUGAAGAAAAAGCCGUAUGAUCUGCUAGACUACCGUAAGAUGGAGUUCGACGCUGAUUUCGAAGAAUUCAAGCGACAAAUAAGCGAGUUACAGGCUCAGCUACAGAAUUUCAUGGACAUAUGUUUUGAGAAAAUCCCAUCUACGCAAAGGGCUCUUAGAUUGAUAAGGAAAUUCGAAAGCCUCGGUCUUGAUUCCUUACGUGACACAAUCCAAGAGAAAUACGAGCGCAUUCUCAUCUACUUCGGCCGUGACAUCGAAACCAUCCAGAAGAUCUACCAGCGUCACAAGACUGACCCCCCUGUUGCACGAGAUCUGCCCCCAAUCGCCGGAAAAAUUGCAUGGGCGAGGCAGAUGUACAGGCGGAUCCAGGAACCGAUGAUUAUGUUCCAGAAAUACCCGUCCAUUCUACAGACCUCUGAUGCGCGCAAGAUAAUCAAGAAUUAUAACAAGCUUUCUAAAGUGCUGCUGGAGUUUGAGUUGCUUUACCAUCAAGCUUGGGUGAAACAGGUCGAAGUGAUCAAGUCUGGUCUUCAGGCCUCUCUCCUUGUCCGUCACCCUGACAACAAAAAGCUCUUCGUGAACUUUGACCCCCAGAUAAUGACGCUCAUCCGGGAAACAGAGUGUAUGGUGCGACUUGGGCUGGAUAUUCCUUUCUCGGCGCAUGCGCUUUUACAGAAACAAUCAAGUCUCAAGAAGAACAGUGACACACUCCAGUUGUUGCUGAAUGAGCGUGAGCGAGUUCUUGGAAAGAUUCCCCAGACGUUCCGUCCGCUGAUGGCCCCACAUCUCGCUAAGGUGGAAGCUGCCAUUGACCCUGGUCUUACCAUGCUCAACUGGACGUCUCUGAACCUUGAUACUUACGUGGAUAGCGUCUACGAGUCACUUGGAGAGCUUGAGUUACUUAUCGAUCGCGCCAAUGACCUUGUGGCUUUCCGUAUCGAUGCCGUGCUUGAGGAGAUGAGUUCGGUUCCUCUGUGCGAGCUGCCCACGGACACACCGAAAACCAUCGAACAGUUUCUCAAGACUACAGAGGGCCUGUGUAAGCGCGGAGCAGACCUUCUAGAGACAAAGAGCGCACGCGUGGAAGAAGCUGCCAACGAGCUGAUAACCAUGCUCCUAGAACUAGAGAACGAAGAAGAGGCGAAGGAAGACGAGAAAGAUAAAGACGAAGAGAAAACUGGUGAAGAAGAAAAGGACCGCAGCCGCUCCCCUACCCGACCCCACACGGGGAGCAGCCGACCUGGUAGCCGCGCCAGCAGACUAGGCAGCGCCGCUAUCAGUCCAGCGGCUGCAGCUGCUAAGCGCAAGCGCGAAAUGCGGGACUACCUUGCUGAGGAGGCACAAGAAUUGCUAUCUUACUUCAAUCACCGCAAUGUGGACGCCAUAGUUCGAGUUACUCGCGCGACUCUUGAUUCCACUCGUCGACGGAUUGCAGCUAGUGCGGCACACCAUUUUGUUAAACCUCGGUCUAAUGUCGAAGGAGAGAACUCCUCGUCAUUCGUCCCACCCCUCUUCAAAGCGAACGUGACCUUACAGAUACCUAACGUGACAAUGCAACCGGCAUUGGAUGAAAUCCAGCAAGGCCUAAAUAAAGCGGCCCAGUGUGUAGUGUCUGUGUCCAAGGGCGUGUCGCAAUGGGACAGGACCUGCCGAGCACUUCGGAAAGCUGAAAAAAGGGACGAUUCAGAUAACGAAGACAGUCGGAGUCGCUCGGCAAGUAACGUCGGUAGUGACGAUGAAAGCCGAAGUGAAGCAGCGCCGACGCGUCGCUCUGCCCGAAUGCCGACCGAUGAUGCGAGCACUGUCGUGAGUAUGCCGAUCUUCCCACAGAAGAUGAAUUACUUCAAGAACGUGUCGGAAAAUAAGGAAGUGGCGAAGCUGUUAUCCAUGCUCUCCACUGUGGUCAACUCGCAGAAGAAGGAGGUAAUCACCGCCCUGGAACUGUUCAACAAAUACUCGUCCGUCUGGCAGGGCGAUCGAGAUCAUACCAUCUCCGCCUUCCUCCAAAACGACCCAAAACUCUCCGAAUUUGAAGCACAAAUCCUUCACUAUAAGGAAAUGGAGCAGACGAUCGUACAAGAGCCUGAAUCCUACAGUGUUGGGUCCAUAGCACUCAUGACAGAGAAAUUGAAGUCUUCUCUGUGCGCGGAGACCAAGGCGUGGUGCAUCUCGUUCAGUCGGUAUUGCAAUCAAAAGUACCGCAUGGAGAUGGAGGAGAUCUUUACGUUUGUGGAGGACAUGACGAAGAGACUGAGUAGACCUAUCAAAGACUUGGACGACAUCCGACUGGCCAUGAACGCGCUCAAGGAGAUUCGCAGCCAGGAGAUUAAGAUUGACAUGAAUAUUGGACCAAUCGAGGAAUCGUACCAAAUGCUUGCUCGGUAUGAUAUGCCGAUCGCUCGAGAAGAAUCUGAAAGGGUGGACACACUUCGCUACUCCUGGGAAAAGCUACAAUCUCUUGCUACUGAAUCUCAGGACCAUCUGAUCGGCAUUCAGUCCAAUUUUAAAGGUGGGCUGAUAGACGAAGUUCAGACGUUUAUCUUAGAUGUUGGCUCCUUUGCUGGUGACUACAACUCGACUGGUCCAAUGGUUCCUAAUGUCCCUCCACGAGAAGCUAGCGACCGACUCAUCAUUUUCCAGAAUCGGUUUGACACCCUAUGGCGUAAAUACAUCACCUACUCCGGGGGCGAGGAACUGUUCGGGCUCCCUGUGACAGAGUACCCAGAGCUGAUGCAGAUCAAGCGAGAGUUGAACCUGCUGCAGAAGCUCUACGGGCUAUACAAUGACGUGAUUGACACUGUCAAUGGUUACUAUGACAUCCUAUGGCAGGACGUCAACAUUGAGAAGAUUAACCAGGAGCUGCUUGACUUUCAGAACAGGUGUCGCAAGCUCCCUCGCGCCCUGAAGGACUGGCAAGCUUUUCUCGACCUGAAGAAGACGAUUGACGACUUCAACGAGAGCUGCCCCUUGCUGGAACUGAUGGCGAACAAGGCGAUGAAGCAGCGUCACUGGGAUCGCAUCGCCAACCUGACCGGACACACAUUCGACAUCGAGUCUGAUACUUUCUCACUCAGGAACAUCAUGGAAGCACCGCUACUUAAACACAAAGAGGACAUUGAGGAUGUAUGCAUUGCUGCAGUCAAAGAGAAAGACAUUGAAGCUAAGAUGAAGAUGGUGAUUGCAGACUGGAGUACUAAGGACCUUACAUUCGCAAACUUCAAGAACCGCGGUGAGCUGCUGCUGCGAGGAGACAACACCAGUGAAAUAGUGUCCCUCAUGGAAGACAGCUUGAUGGUCCUUGGAUCCCUAAUGAGUAACAGAUAUAACGCUCCAUUCAAAAAGAACAUUCAGUUGUGGGUGCAGAAAUUAUCCAACACUACCGACAUCAUUGAGAACUGGAUGACAGUACAGAACCUGUGGAUCUACUUGGAAGCCGUGUUCGUAGGUGGUGAUAUCGCCAAGCAGCUUCCAAAGGAAGCGAAGCGAUUUCAAAACAUCGAUAAACAAUGGGUGAAAAUCAUGACACGGGCGCACGAGAACUGCAAUGUCGUGCAAUGCUGCGUUGGUGAUGAGACCCUCGGUCAACUGCUUCCGCAUUUAUUGGAGCAACUCGAGCUUUGCCAGAAGUCACUGACCGGAUACCUUGAGAAGAAACGAUUGGUUUUCCCGCGCUUCUUCUUCGUCUCCGACCCAGUCCUCCUGGAGAUUCUCGGCCAGGCUAGCGACUCUCACACGAUUCAGGCGCACUUGUUGAAUGUGUUCGACAACAUAAAAAGCGUGAAGUUUCACGAGAAAGACUACGACAGAAUCAUGGCCGUCAUUUCUUCGGAGGGAGAGACUGUCGAGAUGGUGAAACCGGUGAUGGCGCAAGGUAAUGUCGAGAUCUGGCUCGGCACUCUUCUCACUAUGUCACGCCAGUCCCUGCAUAACGUCAUCCGACAGGCUUACGUAGCCAUCAAUGACUCCAGCUUCAACCUUCUUGAAUUCCUCAACACAUUCCCGGCACAGGUUGGGCUGCUUGGGAUCCAGAUGAUCUGGACACGUGACGCCACCGAGGCCCUUACGAACGCUAAAUACGACAAGAAGGUGAUGCAGCAGACAAACGCUGCCUUCCAAGAGCUGCUCAAUGUGCUGAUAGAACAGACCACCAAGGAGCUGACUAGAGUAGUGAGAACGAAAUUCGAGACGCUUAUCACCAUCCAUGUGCAUCAGAGGGACAUCUUCGAUGACUUGUGUCGCAUGCACAUUCGAACACCGUCAGACUUCGAGUGGCUCAAACAGAUUCGAUUCUACUUCAACGACGACACAGACGUGUGCAGCGUGAACAUCACUGAUGUAACCUUCAUCUACCAGAACGAAUUUCUUGGCUGCACGGAGCGGCUUGUUAUCACACCGCUGACAGAUAGGUGCUACAUUACAUUGGCUCAGGCGCUGUUUAUGUCGAUGGGUGGUGCGCCAGCCGGACCGGCUGGAACCGGUAAAACAGAAACCACCAAAGAUAUGGGCAAAGCUCUCGGCAAAUACGUGGUCGUGUUCAACUGCUCCGAUCAGAUGGAUUACAGAGGCCUGGGCAGGAUAUUUAAAGGUCUCGCGCAGUCUGGCAGUUGGGGCUGCUUUGACGAGUUCAACCGUAUCGAUCUUCCCGUCCUGUCCGUAGCUGCUCAGCAGAUCUACAUUAUUCUGACGGGGAAGAAAGAGCGCAAGAAGCAGUUUAUCUUCUCUGAUGGCGACGUCGUCGACAUGAACCCUGAAUUUGGCAUCUUCCUUACCAUGAAUCCUGGUUACGCCGGUCGCCAGGAGCUUCCAGAGAAUCUAAAGAUUCAAUUCCGUACGGUGGCCAUGAUGGUCCCUGACAGACAGAUCAUCAUCAGAGUCAAGCUCGCGAGCUGUGGAUUCAUCGAUAAUAUCACUCUGUCUAGGAAGUUUUACACGCUGUACAAGCUUUGCGAAGAGCAGCUCUCAAAGCAGGUCCAUUAUGAUUUCGGUCUGAGGAACAUUCUAUCUGUUCUGAGGACUCUUGGGGCCGCAAAGAGGAACAAUCCCGGGGACAGCGAGAACACCACCGUGAUGAGGGUCCUUAGGGACAUGAACCUCUCCAAAUUGAUCGACGAGGACGAGCCGCUCUUCCUGAGUCUUAUCAACGAUCUCUUCCCUGGCAUUGUUCUGGACAAGGCGGGCUACCCCGAGCUCGAACAAGCCAUCGCAACGGAGGCAGAGGAGAUAGGUCUCAUUAACCAUCCGCCGUGGAGGCUUAAGCUUAUCCAGUUGUUCGAGACCCAGCGUGUGCGUCACGGCAUGAUGGUACUAGGACCAAGUGGUGCCGGGAAGACCAAGUGUAUCCAUGUGCUGAUGAAAGCGAUGACAGACUGCGGUACCCCGCACAAAGAGAUGAGGAUGAACCCCAAGGCCAUCACGGCGCCGCAGAUGUUCGGGCGUCUUGACGUCGCCACCAAUGACUGGACAGACGGUAUCUUCUCCACUCUAUGGAGGAAGACACUGCGGGCAAAGAAAGGUGAGAAGAUCUGGAUUGUUCUUGAUGGUCCCGUGGACGCCAUCUGGAUCGAGAACCUGAACAGCGUGCUGGACGAUAACAAGACGCUAACCCUCGCAAACGGAGACAGAAUUCCCAUGAGUCCUCAGUGCAAGAUCGUGUUCGAGCCACACAACAUCGACAACGCGUCACCCGCCACUGUGUCACGCAACGGCAUGGUGUACAUGAGCUCUUCUGGCUUGGACUGGAGACCUGUCGUACAGGCUUGGAUCAACAAGCGACCAAUCCCAGAGGGAGAGAUUCUCAAUGGUUUCUUCGAGAAGUCUUACGAGGAACUCCUUACUUUCCUCCGUGAAAGUCUUGUCAGCAAGAUGGACAUACUUGAUCACAACUACAUCAUCCAGACGCUGACCCUACUGGACGGACUUAUCCCGAAGAAGGACGACGGUGGCCAAUUCUCUUCUCAGCACCUGGAGCAUUUGUACGUGUUCUCCCUAAUGUGGAGUAUUGGCGCGCUGCUAGAGCUUGAUGACAGAGCCAAGAUGGAGACGUUCAUGCGCGAGAACUUCGACUUGGAUCUACCACAAGUAUCAGAGAAUGAGAACAUCUUCGAGUUUAUGGUCAAUGAUGCGGGCGAGUGGGCGCACUGGAACACGCGCGUGGAAGAGUAUGUGUACCCCAAAGAUCACGUCCCGGACUUCUUGUCCAUUCUGGUUCCAAACGUAGACAACGUUUGCAUGGAUUAUCUAAUAGAGACUGUUUCCAAGCAAUCCAAGGCCGCACUCCUGAUUGGUGAGCAAGGAACCGCUAAGACUGUCAUGAUCAAGGGAUACAUGAGCAAGUACGACCCUGAAAAACACCUGAGCAAAAGCUUCAACUUUUCGUCCGCCUCGACACCUUUGCUCUUCCAGCGGACCAUUGAAAGCUUCGUGGAUAAACGUAUGGGCAGUACGUACGGGCCCCCUGCGGGGAAAAAGAUGACGGUGUUUGUGGAUGAUAUCAAUAUGCCCAUUAUCAAUGAGUGGGGGGAUCAGGUCACUAACGAAAUAGUACGCCAGUUGAUGGAAACGAAAGGCUUCUACAAUCUCGAGAAGCCGGGGGAUUUUACCAACAUCGCGGACAUCCAGUUUUUGUCCGCUAUGAUCCAUCCGGGAGGAGGACGCAACGACAUCCCUCAGCGCCUCAAACGACAAUUCCUCAUCUUUAAUUGCACGUUACCUAGCAACGCUUCUAUCGACAAGAUCUUCAGUGUCAUCGGCGGAGGGUAUUUCUGCAAAGAGAGGGGCUUUAUCAAUGAUGUGCAAGACUUCGCGCUUAAACUCGUACCAUGCACGCGGAAGCUUUGGCAGCUAACAAAGGUUAAGAUGCUACCGACUCCCGCCAAAUUUCACUACAUCUUCAACUUGCGUGACUUGUCACGCAUCUGGCAAGGCAUCUUGAACACAAUCGCUGAAGUGAUCAAUUCUGAGCGAGCUUUGGUAUCCCUGUGGAAACACGAGUGCCAACGAGUAGUCUCUGACCGUUUCACGAAUCAGCAAGACAAGGACUGGUUCGAGAAGACGAUGAAACGAGUGAUCGUCGACGAACUCGGCGAGGAUUACCAGCCUAUGAUCGACGCUACAGCGUACUUCGUGGAUUUCCUGAGAGAUGCACCAGAAGCGACUGGUGACGAGCCUGAAGACGCAGACUUCGAGACUCCGAAGAUUUACGAACCGAUCCCGUCAUUUGAUGGUCUCGAGGAACGCCUGGCAAUGUACAUGGACCUGUACAACGAUAGCAUUCGCGGCGCCGGCAUGGACCUCGUGUUCUUCAGGGAUGCUAUGAUCCACUUGAUGCGGGUGUCUCGUAUUAUUCGUACUCCACGUGGUAACGCGUUACUUGUUGGUGUGGGCGGCUCAGGCAAGCAAAGCUUGACGCGGCUCUCGUCCUUCAUCGCUGGUUACAAGACCUUCCAGAUCACCCUCACAAGGUCAUAUAACUCGUCAAACCUGAUGGAGGACUUGAAGUACCUGUACAGAACCGCUGGACAAAAUGGGCAAGGCAUCACCUUCAUCUUCACCGACAACGAGAUCAAGGACGAGGGGUUCUUGGAAUACCUCAAUAACGUCCUGUCUUCCGGCGAGGUUUCCAACUUGUUCGCACGUGAUGAGAUUGACGAAAUCUGCGGCGAGCUCAUCCCAGUCAUGAAAAAAGAGUUCCCCAGACGACCCCCGACGGGCGAGAACUUGUACGAGUACUUCUUGACUCGGGCAAAACACAACCUCCACGUCGUGCUAUGCUUCUCACCCGUCGGAGAGAAGUUUCGCAACCGUUCGCUCAAGUUCCCUGGGCUGAUCAGCGGUUGCACCAUGGACUGGUUUAGCCGCUGGCCAAAGGACGCGCUGAUCGCUGUGGCAGAUCACUUUUUGUCGAGUUUUGAUAUUGUAUGUACGGCGGAGAUUAAGACGCAAGUGGUCCACUCGAUGGGUGUGAUUCAUGACGGUGUCGCCAACUGUUGUACUGAUUACUUCCAAAGGUUCCGUCGUGCCACCCACGUGACGCCCAAGUCCUAUUUAUCUUUCAUCAACGGGUACAAAUCCAUCUACACGGAGAAGCGCGGAGAGAUAGGCGAGCUCGCGCAGCGCAUGCACACGGGGCUGGACAAGCUGAUGGAAGCGAGCGACUCGGUGGCACAGCUUUCAAAGGAACUUGCCGUCAAAGAGAAGGAGCUCGCUGUCGCCUCAGAGAAAGCCGAUAAAGUGUUGAAGGAAGUCUCGAUCAAGGCCCAAGCUGCUGAGAAAGUAAAAGCCCAAGUGCAGAAAGUCAAGGAUAAAGCUCAAGCUAUCGUCGAUGAGAUAGCGGUUGACAAAGCAGUAGCAGAAGGGAAACUAGAAAAAGCGAAGCCGGCAUUGGAGGAAGCCGAGGCAGCCCUACAGACUAUCAAGCCCGCGCACAUCUCGACCGUGCGUAAGCUCGCCAAGCCGCCGCAUCUCAUUAUGCGCAUCAUGGACUGCGUCUUGCUGUUGAUGGUCAAGAAGGUGGACCCCGUCGUACACGACCCCGAGAGAAACAUGCUAAAGCCCUCUUGGUCUGAAUCACUAAAGCUGAUGAGUAAGUCGGACUUCCUGAACAAUCUACUGAACUUUGACAAGGACUCAAUCAACGAUGAAACGGUAGAGCUCCUUGCCGCAUAUCUGGAAGCCGAUGACUACAACAUGGAGACAGCAAAAAGGGUGUGUGGUGAUGUAGCCGGACUGUGUUCAUGGACACGUGCAAUGUCGACCUUCUUUGGAAUCAACAAGGAAGUUUUGCCACUUAAAGCCAAUCUUGCAGUACAGGAAGCUCGGUUAGGAGUGGCCCAGGGAGACUUGAACAAAGCGCAAGCGCAACUUGACGAGAAACAAGCCGAAUUGGACGAGGCCCAGGCUAUGUACGAGAACGCGGUCAAGGAAAAACAGGACCUUCUUGAUGAUGCAGAAGCUUGUAGGCGUAAGAUGCUUGCGGCCUCAGCUCUUAUUAGCGGUCUUGGAGGAGAGAAGGAAAGAUGGACUGAACAGAGCAAGGAAUUCGCCGAGCAGAUUGGAAGGCUGGUUGGGGAUGUAUUGGUCUGCACGGGCUUCCUGUCCUACUCAGGCCCUUUCAACCAAGAAUUCCGCGAGCUGCUCAUGUCAAAUUGGCAGAAGGAAAUGAAGUCGCGAAAGAUCCCCUUUACUUCAAAUCUCAACGUGACAGGCAUGAUGGUGGAUGGCGCGACUGUCGGCGAGUGGAAUCUACAGGGUCUCCCAAAUGAUGAGUUGUCAGUGCAGAAUGGUAUCAUUGUCACCAAGGCAACCCGGUUCCCGUUAUUAGUCGACCCUCAGGGCCAGGGGAAAGCGUGGAUUAAAAACCGAGAGAAAGACAACGAGAUGCAGAUCACGUCAUUGAAUCACAAGUACUUCCGCACGCACUUGGAGGACGCACUCUCGUUGGGAAGACCGCUGCUCAUUGAAGACGUGGGCGAAGAAUUGGAUCCUGCUCUUGAUAACGUGCUGGAGAAGAACUUCAUUAAGUCCGGGUCCACACUCAAAGUCAAGGUGGGCGAUAAGGAGGUUGACGUGAUGAAGGGCUUCGUGCUUUAUGUGACUACCAAGCUUCCAAAUCCUGCCUACACCCCUGAGAUUAGUGCAAGAACGUCGAUCAUUGACUUCACUGUGACGAUAAAAGGAUUGGAAGACCAACUGCUAGGACUUGUCAUAUUGACAGAGAAAGCUGAAUUGGAGUCCGAGCGAACCAAGCUGCUCGAGGACGUGUCUUCCAACAAACGCAAGAUGAAGGAGCUCGAGGACAACCUGCUUUAUCGGCUCACCAGUACUCAGGGCUCACUGGUGGACGACGAGUCCCUGAUUGAGGUCUUGAGCGUUACCAAGACAACAGCAGAGGAAGUUAGCCAGAAACUGCUUGUAGCCGCUGACACAGAGAUCAAAAUCAACGGCGCGCGUGAGGAGUUCAGACCAGUUGCUACAUGCGGCAGUAUUCUGUAUUUCUUGAUCGUGGAGAUGUCGUACGUGAACUGUAUGUACCAGACUUCGCUCAAGCAAUUCCUGGGAUUAUUCUCUCAAUCGAUGGAAAGAUCUCAUCCUUCACCCAUCACAAGUAAGCGGAUCAACAACAUCAUCGACUACCUCACCCACGAGGUGUGGCGUUACUCCUGUCGAGGCUUGUUCGAGAAUCACAAGUUCCUUUUCACCCUACUCCUCGCAUUCAAAAUCGAUCUUCAAAACAAGCGCAUUAAGCACAACGAGUUCAUGACGCUUAUUAAAGGCGGUGCCUCGCUGGAUCUCAAGGCGUGUCCUCCAAAGACAUGCCGCUGGAUCACGGACAUGACUUGGUUGAAUCUCGUGGAGUUGAGCAAGCUCUCGCAGUUCUCGGAUAUUUUGAACCAGAUUUCCCGUAAUGAGAAGCAAUGGAAGAAUUGGUUCGACAAAGACGCGCCAGAGGAAGCGGAAAUCCCUGAUGGCUACGCCAACUCGCUCGAUACAUUCCGGAAACUACUCUUAAUCAGGUCCUGGUGCCCUGACCGUACUAUUUCGCAAGCUCGUAAGUACAUCUCGGAGUCUAUGGGGGCCCAGUACGGCGAGACGGUAAUCUUGGAGCUCGAGAAGACCUGGGAAGAGAGCGAUAACAGGACUCCGCUGAUCAACUUCCUCUCCAUGGGUUCCGACCCGACAGGCAUGAUAGAAGCGCUUGCCAAAAAACACAAAUACGACUGCCGUGCGAUAUCUAUGGGUCAAGGCCAGGAGGUUCACGCAAGGAAGUUACUCAACUCGUUCAUGCAGACUGGUGGAUGGGCCUUGCUGCAGAACUGCCAUCUUGGCCUCGAAUUCAUGCUUGAGCUGAUUGACACGGUGGUAGAGUCGGAACACAUUCACGAGGACUUCCGGUUGUGGAUGACGACAGAAGAGCACGUCCAGUUUCCCAUCGGCUUGCUGCAGAUGUCAAUCAAAUUCACCAACGAACCACCUCAAGGGUUACGAGCUGGGCUUAAACGAACUUAUAACGGAAUCUCGCAAGACCAGCUGGAUGUCAGUAACCUUCCACAAUGGCGGCCUAUGCUGUACUCUGUUGCAUUCCUGCACUCUACUGUACAGGAACGUCGUAAGUACGGGCCUCUUGGAUGGAACAUACCUUACGAGUUUAACCAGGCGGACUUUACAGCUAGCGUUCAGUUUGUCCAGAAUCACCUCGACGAUAUGGAUAUCAAAAAGGGCGUGUCCUGGAACACCGUGCGCUACAUGCUUGGCGAGGUCCAGUACGGGGGGAGGGUCACGGACGACUUCGAUAAGAGGCUACUCAACACCUUUGCCAAGGUGUGGUUUAGUGAAGGCAUGUUUCAUCCAAGCUUUAACUUCUACAAAGGCUACGUCAUACCUAAAGGAACAUCCGUACAGCAAUUCCUCGAGCACAUCGACGGUCUCAAGCUUGUUGAUUCCCCAGAAGUAUUCGGACUACACCCGAACGCAGACAUUACAUACCAGAGCAAUCUAGCCAAGGACUGCCUGGACACUAUUCUCAGCAUUCAACCGAAAGACAGCUCAAGCGGUGGCGGCGAGACUCGGGAGUCCAUCGUGCACAAAAUGGCCGACGACAUGCUCGAAAAGCUUCCGGAAGAUUACAUACAGCACGAGGUCAAAGCUAGAUUGCAGAAAAUGGGUCCCUUGUCGCCGAUGAAUAUCUUCCUGCGACAAGAGAUCGACAGAAUGCAGCGGGUGAUCACUGCAGUCCGCAUCACGCUCACCGACCUCAAGCUCGCUAUCGACGGUACCAUCAUCAUGAGCGAGACUUUGCGAGAUUCUCUGGAUUGCAUGUAUGACGCAAGAAUUCCUACCCACUGGAAAAAGGUGUCAUGGGAGUCAUCUACGAUCGGAUUCUGGUUCACGGAGCUUAUCGAGAGAAAUGCCCAGUUCCGCACGUGGUGUUUUGACGGCAGACCUAACGUCUUUUGGAUGACAGGCUUCUUUAACCCUCAGGGCUUCCUCACCGCCAUGAGACAGGAAGUGACGCGCGCGCACAAAGGAUGGGCGCUGGACAGUGUGGUCCUGCAUAAUGACGUCACGCGGUUCUUUAAAGAUGACAUCACCACGCCCCCCGCUGAGGGUGUCUAUGUACAUGGUUUGUUUCUUGAUGGCGCUGGCUGGGACCGCCGAGGCUGCAAGUUGGUGGAACCACCGGCAAAGGUUCUCUUCACGCCUGUGCCUGUUAUCCAUAUAUAUGCCAUCAACUCGACCGGCGGUCGAGACAACCGUCUGUACCAGUGCCCUAUCUACAAAAAACCUCGUCGGACGGACCUCACUUACAUCGCUUGCGUCGAUCUCAAGACGAAUCAGAACCCGGAUCACUGGAUUCUACGCGGCGUUGCGCUGCUUUGCGAUAUCAAAUAACUUCCCACUCACAAGUUUAUGCACAAAUUUAUACAAGUCGUAUUACUAGUUACAAGGAAUCUUGGAGGGGAUAUCUCAUAUCUACUAUACAUUAUCAAAAGAAACAAAGAAAAUGUGAAAGUAUUUUCAGAAAAAUAAUGUCUAGUUUAAGCAGACACAGUUCAGGUUGAAAAACCUAAAUUAGCCUGUCACCAACGUAACGCAUCUUGGUAAGGCUUAGAUCUCCCCUUAAAGGCUCGAGUAGAGGUUAUAUGACUUUCCAUUUCUGAACUGUACAUAGCAUGACUAGCGUGCCACAAUACCCUUGCGUAAGUACAGUGUAACCCCGAUAACUCAAACUACUCGAGCUCCAUGAUAAAUUGAAUGUUUUCAUUUCCUAACAUUUUUUUAGUCAUUUCUACUCGAAUAGGACUAACGCUCCGCUAAAUGUAUAUUUGUUGAGGCUUGAGUUGACGGGGUUCUACUGUAUGUAUACGUUUUUAGAUAGAAGAAUUAGUCCGCAUGAUAAUAUAUUCACCGACAUAGAUUUUUAUACGGUUUGCCCUAGUCUCCUCCUUAGUUGUACAUAAUCUCUUUUAUUUAUUGCAAUAACAUUUAAACAGUAACAGAAAGUAGAGAACAUACGAAUUUAUACAUGACCUUAAGAACCAGUAUUUAUAUCAGCAAAUUAGUCUUUAUGUCAUUUUAUUAUUGAGGCUGCGUUGUAUGACAAUGGCUAAUAAUAAAUAAUAACAAGAGACCAUGAAA